AUGGAAGAAAAGCAGAAGGAGGAACAGAGCAAGACAUCAGAAGAGCAGGCGGCGACAAAGAUACAGGCGGCGUUUCGAGGGCACAAGACGAGGAAAUCGAUGAGUAUGAAGGCGGCCACGAAAAACCCAGAGCCGGAACCCACCAAAGCCGAAUUGGAAGCCGAGUUCAGGGCUGAUGAUAAAGAGCUGUGUAACGCUGCCACUAAGAUUCAGGCCUCAUUCAGAGGCCAUCAGGCGCGUAAGCAGACUCAGGGUGAGAAAGACAAGGAGCAACAGGACAAGGAGGACAUCGAGAAAAUCGAUCUAACAGAUCCGGAAUUGAACAAAGCGGCAACCAAAAUUCAAGCCUCGUUCCGUGGGCACAAGGUUCGCAAGGACGUCCCGAAC